UGUCCUAGUUUUAUAUAUACUAAAGGCUUCUUUUCCUCUUUGUAAUUUGCUUCUAUAGGAAAUAUUACAAAUAGAUAAUGACGUGACGUCGCACAGACUAUGCUCGCGACCGCUUCAGUGAUUUAUUUGGAAUAGCUUAAUAUAAGAUUAUUUUUAACCCUUAGUCCCGGAAUAAUACACAGUAUAGUUUUUUUUACCAGAAAAAGUAUUUCACGCGGGCAAAAUCGCGAGCAACACGUGGUAUGUAGUGUUAAUUGAAUAGUUUGUCACAUUAUGUCAUAAGUGACAUAUAACCUAAAUUCUGAGCUGAUGGAUGACAUUUGUUUUUAUUUUUUUUUAUGUAUAUUUUCAUGUAAAUUCAAUCACCCAUUACCACUUUCCAAUUUUCUAUAUAGCCACUACUAUGUUGAUCAUGUCUUACACACCAAUAUGAACAAUAUUACUGCAACUAUUUAUUCAGCUAAAGUUAUUAAUAUGUGUCCAUUAUGUAAACAAGCCACAAGAACUCAAAAUAUACUGAAUUUGUUUUGAGAUUAUUAAUACCGCGGGUGCUGUACAAUAGAUUUGAAUAUUUAUAUACUUAAUUAAAAGCCAGCAUCAAGUAUAGUAUUGAAAACAACAAUGUGUGAAUUUCGCCAGGCAAUCUUACUGAAAUUUAUAUAUGUAAAGAACAGACAACUGAAACGUCUAUUGGAACACAGCAUUUACCUCAUAAUAUUGUUAGUAUUAAUACCUAGUUUUAUGUAUUUUGAACUGUGUGUAGUAUUACCUGUUGUUGUGGAAGAAUGGACAUUGAAGCAUUUAAUGCAUUUAUUCUGUGCAACAUUUUUAUUAUUUAACAUAAUUGGCAACAUGUUAUAUGGAAUGUUUACCAAUACAAGCAUAAAGGGAAGAUUAUUUGAGGGUCACAAAAAAGAUGACUGGACAAUGUGUGAUGUAUGCGAGUGCCUUCGACCACCCCGUGCCUGGCACUGUACCACUUGUGAUGUAUGCAUAUUAAAAAGAGAUCACCACUGUACCUUUUUUGCCUGUUGUGUGGGGUAUUUCAAUCAUAGGUAUUUUAUUUACUUUACAUUUUACAUUUUCAUUGCAAUGGUUUACUCUUUUUAUUACAAUGUCCAGUUCCUGUCAUUGUUCAUUACUUGGAACCAUGGCUUUGUGUUAAUCAAAUUCUUGUUGCCACUUGCCAGUUUUGUAAUUGAUUUUGGUGAUGAGAGUUUGUAUGUAUUCUUAGUUGUUAUGAAUGUUAUUGUGGGCCUGUUCAGUGGUUUCCUAUUUAUUUAUCAUUUUAAUAACAUUUUAAAAGGCAGAUUAGUCCCAGAAAUAAGUUCUUACUCUGAAAACUUUGUACACAAUAAGGGUUGGAAACUCAAUUUAAUAGAAGUUUUGGGGCACAGAUGGUACUUAACUUGGAUUUCACCAUUUAUUCAUAGUCCACUUCAGGGGAAUGGUUAUAUAUGGACAGACGACAAUAAAUCCAAAUAACUUCUAACAUUUAUAAGUAACUAAUAAAUACUUAAUUUCUUUAUUCUAAAUUAAAAUUUGACAAUAAUACUUAUAGUCAGAUAUAUGUUUUUAAAAACCACAUUUUAUGUCAAUACCCCCAAGCCAAUGACUUAACUUAAAAUUCUGUCAAGACUGGAUAUAAAAUGAUUUUAUAUUUACAAUUAUAAAUACCACCUAUUUAAUUUAUUACAUAUAAAUAUUUCAAAUAAAUGCACUGACAUGAAAUGUGAUAAUACAAAUACAGGACCAAUGACAUUUAAAAUAUGAGAGUAUGUACUUAAGAGUUCACCAAUGUGCCUAAAGUAACAAUAAGUACAUUAAGUAUUUCAGCGUUCCAUGAAUAUUACAAAUGAAGGCAAUAAUGAACACUGCAUUAAGAAUAAGAGAGUGAUUCGUACGAAGAAAUAGCGUUAAUUUUCCGCCUCAAAGUAACGUUAUGAAUUAGGAGAGUGAGAACAGGAUAAGUACAUGUUAUCUUAUUCGAGUUCCUGGGAACACCUCAUAAAUACGCCCCUCGUAAUAAUAGUAACGUCAAGGUACGCAAUGUCCUUUGUUGGUUAAACGAGACAACGUGAAUCUAGACAAAGCAAUAGUUCCCAUAAGGUGAUGAAAAAUAAUAACUAAUCAGCUAAUUUUUUUUUAUUGGUUAGCUAACAUUUGCAUAGCUUACUACUCACAUCCCUAUUAUCUUAGUUAUAAACCACAAUCGAGAAUUUUCGUACAAGAAUUUGUUGGGCGUCUCAUUGAAACGAAGCUAUUCUCGAAUAUUUAAUUUAGCUUGAUAGUAAUUAUUUGUACUACAACUUUUAAGCGUAGGACCAAGAUGACAUACCACGCAAUUUGUAGGACAAUGCGAGUGGUAAGCUAUGCAAAUGUUAGCGAACCAAUAAAAAAAUAUUUGCUGGUUAGUAAUUAUUUUUCAUCACCUUGUUUAUGAUACAUGUUGGAGAGAGGGUACUCCCUAACCAAACCUUAUAUUUUGUAGGACAAAUAUUUUUUCACGUUAUUUAGAUAAUUAUCUCGAUAAUUAACAAAGAAAAAUUCGGUUAGUAAUACAUUUUUAAAAUUCGUCAAAUCAACAUAUUUUAUCCUUGCUACCCCUAUUAAGCUACUAUUUACCAACAUUACUGUAAGGAAAAACAUGGGCGUCUAGUCCAAAGGAAGCUUCUCACGAAAAAUCAGCUUGAUAGUAUUAAACAAUGAGAAGGGUACCAGGGAUCUUGUACUAAUAUCUAUACCAACCACGCAUAAAACUAUGGGUCCGUAUUUGUCGACAGUAUAUCACUAGUUUCAUGGAUAAUCAUACCAUGUAACUGAAAUAGGACUCGGUUAUAAUAAUGUAAUAAGGACGCUGGGCUAUCUUUUAAUUUGGCAGUUGUGCCUUCGUUCAUUGGCUGCUAAAAAUGGCCAGUGUAAUUAGUAGCGGGAAUGCUUUUAAGCGAUAUUUUUCAAGAGUUUAAAGUGUCGUUGACGCAACAAAUAGCAAGCUAUAACGCACAGUAAUAAGUUUGAGAAAACUUAGAAAAGGUAUUUUGACAUACAAAUGUGUGCGUUGAAAACGCGCAGGAGCAUACAACAAAAAGGCGUCGCGGACACAUAUGGGCAGUUUGGUGACGCCUUUAACACCAGUAACGGUGAAGUAUAUAAAUGAUAUAUUGUACUUAAUACUUGAGUCUAGUCUGUUUUUACGUCAAUGCAGAUAUUUCGUUAGCAUGUAAAUUUGGUCACAAGAAUGCUUUAACUUAGAGUUUAAUGAGCAAUGAGUAAUGGAAAUUGAGGAUUGCAUGAUUUUGUUUUACCGGAUACUUAGUUCUUCAUACCUAUAGGUAUGUGCACUUUUCAUUUGUACCACUAUUUUGCAUCUGUAUAAGUACAUUAAGUAACACCAAUAAAGUAUAAUAUUUUAAAA